CGCAGUAGUCAACUGCGAGACUUUGUGGACGUAACAUCGUGGCUAUACGUGCGCAUAGUAGGUGCGCAUAUAGCACGCACACACAGGCAUCCUACGAUUGUUUCGUCAUUUGAAAGUCGGAGAGCGCGCGUUUCCUCGUGUGCCAUUCGAUAUGCGCUUUGCUUCAUUUACGAUGAAACGACAAUCGCGUUAAGAUUUGCCUCUGCAGCUCCAACUCUCGUGUAAUCGGGCUUAUUAUUCUCAUUCGGUCGGCUGUUUCUUUAAAAUUUCGAAAAUUGCUCGUAGCCGGAGCGGAAAAAUGCAUAUAAGGAACAUUGUGCGACGAAGUCGAAGUCGGUAUAUUUUCAUCUAGUGUUAAAAAGGUCGAGGUGGAUUGGAAUUGGAAGAGGGUAAAUAUACGGAACGUCAUAAGGCUCGUGGGAGAGCCGAAGUAGUAAUCCGAGGAAGUGUACAAUCGAGCGUUGGAACGCGUCGUCGAGUGUGUGGAGAAGAGAAGCCGAGGAGUUUCUUAGUAAGCGGCUUGAAAAAUGAGGGCGAAUGACAUGAACUUGAUCAAUCUGACAGCAUUGCUAUUAUGGUUGGUCGGUGGUCAGGUGGCGGGAGUCGUUGCAGGUUCGAUGAUUCUCAUGGAUCCAGAGUUGCCGCUUAAAAAAUGCCGUUACAUUAGAUCAUACGAUCUUUUACAGGCCCAAUGUAAAGAUCUAAAGCUGAAUGAUGUGCCGAACAAUCUUCAAACUGGGAUUGAGGUACUGGACGCACGUGAGAAUCGUAUUCGUGAGCUUCGUAACGACACGUUGUCACGGUACAUGAGCCUGCGUUAUUUAUAUUUACAAGACAACUUCGUGCAGACAAUAGCUGAGCACGCGUUUGGCCCAACUUAUUAUUUGGAGGUGUUGGAUCUGUCGAAAAAUGGCUUGCUCGAGCUACCCAAGAGUCUCUACCAGUUGCAGUCCCUACGUAAUCUCUACCUGAGCGAUAAUCAACUGACAGACGCAGUUUUCGACGUAUCCGGCAUUCGUUCGCCCCUCCAAUGGCUCUAUCUCGCCAACAAUAAACUAACUCGGCUUCCAAAGCUGAGCCCCUUAACCACUCUCACCCUACUCAACGUUUCCCAUAACUCAAUCAACCAUAUAACAACGGAAGAUAUAGCAUCGCUUUGUUCGCUUCAGAUUUUCGAUAUUACGGGCAAUCCAAUCAGAUUCGAUCAAAACAAUUGCGAAUGUUACGAGCUGAGGGAAUGGAUUAGCUUCAGAGGCAUUAAGUUGAAGCUCCCGCUGGACUGUCCGCCGGCUGUGCGCGAACGGUGUUCCAUCGUGGAAUUUUCGAAUCGAACGAUGAGCUUGUACAGCACUUGCUUAGCAAAUGUUCGAAAUCGAGUGGAAGCGCGUAAAGCUCGUUCGACCUGGAUUUGGAUUGCCUCCUGCAUCGGUGUCUUUAUUUCCUGCAUUUUUGUCGCACUCUGCUGCAUGCACAAGCGCAACAGAAAUAAGCGCCAACGACUCAAGGAGCAGGAGGUGCUGGCAUCAAAUAAUGCCAAUACGGAACAAUUGCUUAAUAAGGACGUCAGUCACGAACAGUCGUAG